AUGCGCUGCGUUUCUUCCGACAACGGAGCUCCCAGCUCGAGCUCUGGGGAGCCGACAGCACUCGAACUGUUCAACAACAAAUAUCCCACCUCGGGUUCUCAGAAGUCGACGAGAUCCGCACCUACUAACAACAGUGCUCCCAGAUUGGGCUCUCGGAAGUCGACGAGGCCUAAAGUUCUCAACGAUAUCCAUCCUAGGUCGGGCUCUCAAGGGUCAAUGAGACCCCCAAAGUCAGGCUCUCUUGAGCCGACAAUAGCCAACGUUCCCGGCACCCAAUGUAUUCGCCGUCUCAAUGUGCAAGAGGACCCCCUACUCCGCGACCUCUACGCCUGGGGCACCCGGAUUGACAACUGGAUCAGGACCAUAACUCCCCAUCCACCGUCUAUGGAUGACGACGUCGAUGCCAUCAUCCCAGCUCCUCCCCGUCUGCCUUCUGCGGGUGAUGACGUCGAUGCCAUUACUCCAGCCUCUCCCCUUUCGCAUUCCCAGGGUUCAGACGCAUCAUCCAGCGAGACGAAGAUUACUGACCCCAAUGCAAGCAAGAAGCCUUCUCUUCCCGAGUCUUCUUUACCGAAAGAUGCAAGCGACAGUGAAAAGAAGCAGAAGCCUGGCAACACCAACACUUCGGGUGCCACACAGCCUAAGGUGGAAACUACCAAUGAUGUACAUCCCCCAAACGAACCCGCGGAUGUCGAGAAGCGCAAGAAUCUGUAG